UUCAUUAAGAAGAAGAUUGGUGAUCGAAAAGUUUGGUUAACAAACUUCAUGGAGGACAGGCGACAGCGUCGACUACAUGGCCUUCCUGAACAAUAUUUAUAUGGUACAGAGACAAAACAUUUGACCUACAAGGACUUAAUUAACAAGGAGUUGAUCCUUUUCUCAAAUUCAGACGAUGAAAGAUCUAUUCCCUCCCUUGUUGAUGGUUUAAAACCAGAGCAGCGCAAGGUUUUGUUCACUUGCUUUAAGAGAAAUGAUAAACGUGAAGUAAAGGUUGCUCAGCUGGCUGGUUCUGUUGCUGAAAUGUCAGCUUAUCACCAUGGGGAGCAAGCAUUAAUGAUGACUAUUGUCAACUUGGCUCAGAACUUUGUUGGAAGUAACAAUGUUAAUCUUCUACAACCUAUUGGUCAGUUUGGUACCAGGCUUCAUGGUGGAAAGGAUGCUGACAGCCCUCGCUGUAUUUCCACUAUGCUAAGCCCUUUAGCCAGGCUUCUUUUUCCACCAGUGGAUGACAACUUGCUGAAAUUCCUUUAUGAUGACAACCAACGUGUAGAGCCUGAAUGGUAUAUGCCCAUCAUUCCUAUGGUUUUAGUAAACGGAGCUGAAGGAAUCGGUACUGGAUGGGCUUGCAAACUUCCAAACUAUGAUACCAGAGAGAUUGUAAACAACAUCAGACGAAUGCUGGAUGGCUUAGAUCCCCAUCCCAUGCUUCCAAACUACAAAAACUUCAAAGGAUCCAUUCAGGAACUUGGUCAGAACCAGUAUGUGGUCAGUGGUGAAAUAUCUGUGGUGGACAGAAACACUGUGGAAAUUACAGAGCUACCUGUAAGGACAUGGACCCAGUUGUACAAAGAACAGGUUCUGGAACCUAUGUUGAAUGGAACUGAAAAAACUCCAGCAUUAAUUUCUGACUACAAGGAAUACCACACUGAUACGACUGUGAAAUUUGUUGUGAAGAUGACAGAAGAAAAACUUACACAGGCAGAAGCUGCUGGAUUGCACAAAGUCUUUAAGCUUCAAACAAGUCUUACUUGUAAUUCUAUGGUGCUUUUUGAUCAUAUGGGAUGUUUAAAGAAGUAUGAAACUGUACAAGACAUUUUGAAGGAGUUCUUUGAUUUGCGAUUACAUUAUUAUAGUUUACGUAAGGAAUGGCUUGCGGGAAUGUUGGGUGCUGAAUCUACAAAGCUAAACAACCAAGCUCGCUUCAUUCUAGAGAAGAUACAAGGGAAAAUUACCAUAGAGAAUAGAUCAAAAAGAGACGUGAUUCAAAUGUUGGUUCAGAGGGGCUAUGAAUCCGAUCCAGUUAAAGCUUGGAAAGAAGCGCAGGAAAAGGCAGCGGAAGAGGAGGAGCCACAAAACCCAAAUGAUGAUGCUUCCUCUGCUUCUGGAUCGACUUCUGGCCCUGAUUUUAACUAUAUCUUAAACAUGUCUCUGUGGUCACUCACAAAAGAGAAAGUGGAAGAGCUCAUGAAGCAGAGAGAUUCAAAGGAGAGAGAACUAAAUGACCUUAAAAGGAAAUCUGCUUCGGAUCUCUGGAAAGAAGACUUAGCAGCUUUUGUUGAGGAGCUUGAAAAAGUAGAAGCACAGGAAAGAGAUGACAUUCUGGCUGGUAUGAUUGACAAACCAAUAAAAGGUGAAGUUGGUAAACCCAAGAUGAAGAAGCUUCAGUUGGAAGAGACCAUGUCAUCACCAUUUGGUGAUGCCAGCAGGAAACUGCUGAAAAGGGAAAAGAUACAACAAAAUUGGACAGUGACGAGGAGGAUUCUCUUCCUCCUUUCUCAUCAUUUUUCAACACAGAACCAACAGAGAAAAUUCUAAGUGAAACAGUAGCUGCUAAAAAAGGUAAGUGUAGGAUUACCCUCUAAAUCAAGCCUUUUUUUCAAGUUCUUCACUUCCAUCUUUGCAUCAUCUCUUCACCAUCAUCAUCUUAAAAGUGGGAAUAGCAUUCAUGUAUUUCAAAUUCAGUGGCACUGCAGGAGAAGGUGUGAAUUUCUUCCAGCUUCUUAAUGAUAUUAAUUUCUUUCUUUCUACCAUAAUGGCAAUACUUACUAUGUAGAGAUUUCAGCCUUUUAGUUUAGAUUGCUUAAAGAUUGCUAGAGAGAAUGGUAACUCCAGAAGUAGUAUAAAAGAGAGAGAUAAAACUGAGAAAAUCAACUGUUAUGUUGUAUUUUCUGCCUGUUGAGAAGAAGCUUGAGCUGUAAAUGAACUUCAACUUUACACGCAGACAUGAUAAGAUGUAGCAAUGUCCCUGCUGUUUUUUCCAGCGUGCCGAACUCUGAUGUUUUAUUGAAAUUAUGUUCUCUCACCUAGGAAAAGGGAGAGGGGCAACGAAAAGGAAAGCAUCUGACUCAGAAAAUGAAGGUGAAUACAACUAUGGGAAGAAGGCACCUAAAUCACCACCAAAAACCUGCUUUUUGAAAUAAAGUUUAAACAUUAAAAAAUG